AUGGAGAUGUCUGAUGGAAAGACUGUAAAACUAGACGCCCGGAACAGCAGAGUUGCUCUGUUUGACGGCAUUGAGGAGGGAGGCAUCCGAGCAUCAUCACUUUACUCCUCCUAUAAUGAAAUUGAUGAACAAGAUAACGAGCGAGUAAUGGGUGGAUUGCAAGAUAGAGUCAGUUUGUUGAAAAGAAUCUCAAGUGAUAUACAUGAGGAGGUGGAUAGUCAUAACCGGAUGCUGGACCGCAUGGGGAAUGACAUGGAUUCUUCAAGAGGAGUUCUUUCAGGAACUGUGGACAAAUUCAAAAUGGUCUUUGAGAAAAAAUCCAGCCGAAGAACGUUUUCACUUAUAGCAUCCUUUGUUGUGCUUUUCCUUAUAACAUACUUUUUCACUGUAACCCUCAGAACAGAUGUGGAGAAAGAGAAGGAGCGUGCUACUAGGGCAGAGGCAACUGCUAACUUGGCUGAGGAGGCUGCAAAAAAGUAUAAGGAGAGCUAUACUCGGACCUAUGACGAGUUGCUAGAAACUAAGGAGAGGCUUCAAUCUGCCCAAGAUGAUUAUUGA